AUGCCGGCGCUUACUUCGAUCCGCACUAGCGAAGGCAAGCUGGAGAUUGUGAACCAGCUUCUUCUCCCGCAUACCACAGAGUUUAUCGAGAUCAAGACAAUCGACGACGCUUUCGAUGCCAUCAAGUCUAUGAAAAUUCGUGGUGCACCAGCGAUCGCCUCUCUGGCCGCGCUGGCCGUAGCAAACCAUCUCAGCAACGCACUGAAAGCCUCGCCGACGCCUCCCUGUCUCGAGACCACCGAAGUGCUAAAGCAGCACGUAUCCGAACUCCUCGCACAUCUCUUCACCGCCCGGCCGACCGCGGUGAACCUCGGAGCGGCCACGCGCAGACUGUCCAAGAAACUCCAAAAGGAAAUCGAUGCUGACAAAGAUACCCGAACGAUCGCGCAGGAGCUCAUCGCAGAGGCGAAGCAGAUCGACGCGGAGGACGUCGGCAGGAACAAGCUGAUGUCGAAGUGGGGCGGGGAUUGGCUCGUCGAGCGCGUUGAGAGCCAAGGCGGCAGCGGUGCGGACCUGAACGUGAUGACGGUCUGCAACACCGGCUCGCUCGCGACUUCGGGUUAUGGGACGGCGCUCGGUCUCAUCACGUACCUCCAUGAGACCGGAAAGCUGCAGCGGGCGUUCUUCACGCAAUCGACUCCCUACCACCAGGGCUCUCGACUAACUGCUUUCGAGCUGCAGUCACUGAAGAUUCCGUCGACGAUGCUAUGCGACAGUAUGGUUGGGUCGUUGUUCCAGCACCACCACAUUCAUGCAAUCGCGGUCGGCGCGGAUCGCAUCGCUCGCAAUGGGGACACUGCGAACAAGAUUGGAACUUACAAUGCGGCUGUGCUUGCGGCGCGGCACAACAUUCCCUUCAUCGUUGUCGCUCCGGUCAGCACGGUCGACCUGGAGGUCGCAGAUGGUAGCGGAAUCCCAAUUGAACAUCGGCCCGCUAUCGAGGCGUGCCUAGUCCGGGGCGCGCUAUACCCGCCUAAGCUGGAUGCGCAGGGAGUGAAAGAGCAGGCCACGGUGAUGGUGACCCCAGAGGGGCUGGAAGGGGUUUACAACCCAAGCUUCGACGUGACGCCGGCGAGCCUGAUCACGGCCAUUGUGACGGAGAAGGGGGUUGCUGUGAAGAAGAGUGGGAAAGAAGCAUUCGACUUGACGCCCAUAGUUUGA